AGAAAAGACGCGACCCGUUCCCGUUCCCGUUGGCUGCUCUGGGGUUGCCACGCGUCGCGGUGCCAUGCCCGCACCGCCCGCUGUUGUCAACGGCAUGGUGGCAAAACAAUAUGCGGUGCCCAUGCAGUACCAGGUGCCCAAGGUCACGGCGAUGCCGCAGAUGGCACCGCAGAUGGCACCUGUGACUGGAGGCUUCCCUGCCACGGCUUAUGGGAAAGCACCGCAGAUGGCACCCGUGACGUAUCAGGCUAGACCUGCUAGACCUGUCAUGGUCAAGAAUCCAGACGGGAGCAUCACGCAACAUUACAGUAUGCCGCCACAGUACCAGGCCAUGCCGCCGGUGGCGGCACCGAAGCAUCCCAGUGCGGCGGCCCCUGCGCCAGUAGUUCAAACGCAGGCCAAAGCCACGAGUGUCCCUGCGGUUGCGGCAACGACUCCAGCUCCACAGGCCCAGCUUGCGGCAGCGCUUCCGGUUCCGGCCACGGUUCCGGCCACGGUUCCGGCCACGGUUCCGGCCACGGUUCCGGCCACGGUUGCCACGGUUCAGGUGCCAGUUGCUCAAGACGAAGCAAAGAAGCAGGAGGAGAAAGAGCUUGCUGAAGCAGCAGAGGCUGAGAAAUGCGGCACCUUGUGGGAAGCAGCCAAAGCCGGCAAUUUGAAAGCAGUGCGACACUUCUGGAAGAAGGGCAGCACCGUUGAGGAAAGCGAUGCAUCAGGAAAGUGUCCUUUGCUCAUUGCAGCCGACAACGGCCACAUGGACGUGGUGAAGUUCCUCUUGGAUUGUGGUGCGAAGACAGAGUCCACGGAUCGAGAAGGUGGCACUGCCCUUCACUACGCAGCAUCCAAGGGUCACGUGCAACUGGUGAAACUGAUGUUGGAUCGAGGUGCCAAUAUCGAGGCAAAGGAUGACAACGAAUGUGGGACCCCGCUCCACGUGGCAGCCUCCAACGACCAGGCAGAGGUGGUUCGUUUGCUGCUGGACAGCGGCGCGGACGUGAAGGCCAAAGACUGUCAAGGUCAGACCCCGUUGCACCGUGCAGCACCCUACGCGCACGCGGAGACGGGACGCUUCUUGCUGGACAAAGGAGCCGAGAUCAACGCCAAGGACUCUCAAGGUACGACUCCAUUGCACCAAGCAGCUCUGCAGGGAGAUGCUGAAGUCGCAUGUUUGUUGUUGGAUCGCGGAGCGGAUCUGGAGAUGAAGGAUGAGGGUUUUGGUGAGACUCCGUUACAUUUUGCUGCGGACUGCGGGCAUCUGCAGAUGGUGACCUUACUCCUGGAGAAGAAAGCAGACCACACAGUGCUAGACCGCGAAGGCAAAACUGCACUGGACUUGGCGAAGAAGAGUCACCGCACUGCCGUCGUAGAACUUCUUGAAUCCAAAAGCCGCUGAUACUGGGAGGAGAGCGCAUGCAAAGGACCUGGGCUUUGGACUAGCCCAAAAUUAAUUUCAAUCAAUUAAACUAUGACUGUCUGAAAAUGAGCCAAAUUAAAA